AAGGAAUGAAGAAAAUGAGUAACAUCUAUGAAUCAGCAGCCAAUACCCUGGGAAUUUUUAACAGCCCAUGCCUGACUAAAGUGGAGCUGCGAGUUGCAUGCAAAGGCAUAUCAGACAGGGAUGCUCUCUCAAAGCCAGAUCCUUGUGUCAUCCUUAAAAUGCAAUCACAUGGCCAGUGGUUUGAGGUUGACAGGACAGAAGUGAUUCGCACUUGUAUAAACCCCAUCUUCUCCAAGCUGUUCACAGUGGACUUCUACUUCGAAGAGGUUCAGCGGUUGCGGUUUGAAGUCCACGACAUUAGCAGCAAUCACAAUGGGCUGAAGGAAGCGGAUUUUCUUGGUGGCAUGGAAUGCACUCUUGGGCAGAUUGUUUCUCAGAGGAAACUCUCCAAGUCAUUACUCAAACAUGGGAACACAGCAGGAAAGUCAUCCAUAACAGUGAUUGCUGAGGAAUUGUCUGGCAAUGACGACUACGUUGAACUUUCAUUCAGUGCACGGAAAUUGGAUGACAAGGAUUUUUUCAGCAAAUCUGAUCCUUUUCUGGAGAUUUUCCGGAUGAAUGAUGAUGCAACCCAACAACUUGUUCACAGGACUGAGGUUGUGAUGAAUAACUUAAAUCCAGCCUGGAAGACCUUUAAAGUGUCUGUAAAUUCUCUGUGCAGUGGAGACCAAGACCGUAGGCUAAAGUGCAUAGUUUGGGACUGGGAUUCCAAUGGGAAGCAUGACUUCAUUGGAGAAUUUAGCUCGACUUUCAAGGAAAUGCGAGGAGCUAUGGAAGGAAGGCAGGUACAAUGGGAAUGCAUUAACCCCAAGUACAAAGCCAAGAAGAAGAAUUACAAGAACUCAGGCAUCGUCAUCCUUAACCAGUGCAAGAUCCACAAGAUGCAUUCUUUCUUAGACUAUAUCAUGGGAGGUUGCCAAAUACAGUUUACAGUAGCUAUAGAUUUCACUGCAUCAAAUGGUGAUCCUAGGAACAGCUGCUCACUGCACUACAUCCACCCCUAUCAGCCCAAUGAGUACUUGAAAGCUUUGGUAGCUGUUGGGGAGAUUUGCCAAGACUACGACAGUGACAAAAUGUUCCCAGCUUUUGGAUUCGGAGCAAGGAUACCCCCAGAAUACAAAGUCUCUCAUGAUUUUGCAAUCAAUUUCAAUGAAGACAACCCAGAAUGUGCAGGAAUACAAGGCGUUGUGGAGGCUUAUCAGAGCUGCCUUCCCAAGCUGCAGCUGUAUGGGCCAACAAACAUUGCUCCCAUCAUCCAGAAGGUGGCAAAAUCAGCAUCAGAGGAGACCAACACCAAGGAGGCCUCGCAAUAUUUCAUCUUGCUGAUUCUGACGGAUGGCGUCAUCACAGACAUGGCUGACACCAGAGAGGCCAUUGUCCAUGCCUCUCACCUUCCCAUGUCAGUCAUCAUCGUCGGGGUGGGCAACGCUGAUUUUAGUGACAUGCAGAUGCUGGAUGGUGAUGAUGGGAUCCUGAGGUCUCCCAAGGGCGAGCCUGUGCUUCGAGACAUUGUCCAGUUUGUGCCAUUUAGGAACUUCAAACAUGCAUCCCCAGCUGCUCUAGCAAAAAGCGUUUUGGCUGAAGUUCCAAACCAAGUCGUGGACUAUUACAAUGGCAAAGGGAUAAAACCAAAAUGUGUGUCAGAGUACGAGUCUUCCAGGACACUAGCUCCCUGAACCUGCCUGCACUUUUACAAAAUUAAAGAAAAAAAGAAAAAUGCUACUGUCUACAACUACUGUACUUAAAAAAUGAAACAAAAAAAAAUAGCACGUUUUGGUGAUUUUUAACUAAAAUAACCAUUUUUUUUGCAUGUGUAGCCUAAAGGCUUAAAUCUGUUAAGCGGUUGUAUCGUUGAAAACUUUUUAUGAGAAGAAAAAAAUCCAGGAGAAAAAAAAAAAAAAAAAGAGUGAACUCUUUACAUUACAGCAUGUCGCCUUGAAAUAAAGUUAUCUGUAUCUGGUUUUUAUACAGGUUUGUUGAAAUUUUGCUAAAUUUCUUAUCUUUACACUGUAAAGCAUUUUGAAAUAUUUAUUGAGAGUCGAUAGCCAAAAUGUCUUUGGUUUGAUCUGCAACGAAUGGAGAGAUUUUUCAAAAUGGCAGAUGCAUGAACUGUAUUUUGCAUGUUUAAAAUAAAAACAACACAGUU